UCAACAAAAUACCAUAUAGUUAACUAAUUAAUAUACCAUAUAUAGUAUACAUCUUGUGAUUUAAUCUGCUAAAUCAUAAUGAUGGCAACAAUAAAAGUACACGGAAGCCCCUACUCAACGGCAACAAUGCGGGUUACUGCAACUCUUUGUGAAAAACAGCUUGAAUUUGAGUUACUUUACAUUAACGUAAGGAAUGGUGAUCACAAAAAGGAACCUUUCUUAUCACACAAUCCAUUUGGUCAAGUUCCUGCAUUUGAAGAUGGAGAUUUAAAGCUCUUUGAAUCAAGAGCAAUAACACAAUAUAUUAAUCAUGAGUAUGCUGAUAAAGGAACUAAGUUAACAAUCAGUGAAUCCAAGAAAAUGGCAAUAAUGUGGAUGUGGUCAGAAGUGGAGAGCCUACACUUUGAUCAAGCAGCAUCAAAACUUGUUUGGGAACUUGGGAUAAAACCUUUAUUUGGAGCACCUUUGGAUCCAAAAAUUGUGGAAGAGAAUGAAGCUAAGUUGGAUAGUAUUCUUAGUGUGUAUGAGAAAAGAUUGUCUGAAUCCAAAUACUUGGGAGGUGAAUGUUUCACCUUGGUAGAUUUGCAUCACUUACCCUCACUUCAUUAUUUGAUGAAGUCACAGAUUAAGAAGUUGUUUGAAUCAAGACCCUAUGUUAGUGCUUGGGUGGCUGAUAUUACUGCAAGACCAGCUUGGGCUAAAGUCAUAGCAAUGAUACCUAAUUAAGCAAUUUAUGGAUCUUUUUUGUGUGUUAUUUUGUAUGGUAAAAUUGUUUUUAUUGAUUUUUCAAGUGUACCGUAAUAGCAAUAAUAAAUAAUGUUCUUGUUUGUUUUGUUAUGGCAAUUAUAGUCUUUU